AUGCGGCUCGCAACUUGUGAGGUACUCUGUGAAACUUGCAAUAAAGCAGUUGCUCGCAAAUACUGUCAAGAGUCUUGUAUUUGCGAUGGUUGCUGGGAUUCAUUUGCGCAGCGAAGUGCGUCGCAGCCGCUGGGUUCGUCCGUGACAGCGCUGCCGUUGUGCGAGCGCUGCGAGCAGGUGCCAGUCGCAUAUGAGACAGCUCUUUGUCUGACUUGUCAGACUGGCAUAAAACCUGGAGCGUUUUCGGAGAAGAUGGACUUUACUGCGUCUUUGUGGAGCAAUUCACCACAGAGCACGUCGACGCCGUCUGUUACUUCGCCGCGCACAGCACAAGGUCCUUUGCAAAGCGAAGACGCUCCGGUUUGCAGCGCUCCCGAGCAGGCAGUCUCGUCGGAGGCGCUGCGAUACGCGCCCGCAAACGAUAAAGUUUUGUCGCACGAGCCGGCGACCAACGCCGCGCAACCCGCUGAUGCGAAGCUGACGAGCGAAGAGAGCCGUGCAGUAGAUAAGGGUACCCUACCCGCAUGGUUUGCUCUGCUCUGCGAAGACGUUCAGCGGAGAAAUGUGUGGUUCAGGCGUCGUCGGAAAAGGCGAAACGCUUCGUCUGUGGACGUGUGCCUAAGCGCGACUGCAUCCAGCAGCGAUCAUGAGCUGGAUGCUCAGCAGAUAGCGAGAAAGCGCAGCGCAAAAAAUCACGUUGAACCGCGCUAG